GCAGACUGUGUAUUCCACUCAUACAUCAAUGACAAGAGUCCUGUGGGAACUUUAUACAUGUAACAAGUGCCCGUUAUUGAUGGGGCAUUAAGAGGAGCGCUAUUUCAUUCUCUCUCUCGUUGCUGACGUGUGACAAAUGGAAGCGGACCUGCUGGACACUCUGGAGGCUCUGGGAUACCAAUGUCCUUUACUGGAGGAAGCUGUUUUAAACAAGGCAUUAGAAGCCGGUCUGACAUCCCCUGACUAUUUCCAGGUCCUUUGCUGGCUCUGCUCACAGAUUAAAUUGUUAGGUGGUUUAGAGGAAAGUGUCAGUUCCUUGUGUGAUGAUUUUGAGAGUGUUCAGUUGGAAGUAAGUGGGUUUCUAAAAGAGCUCUCAUGCCCUUAUCCAACCCUUGUGACUGGAGAUAUCAAGGAAAGACUCAAAAGCAGAGAGGAUUGCCUGACGUUGCUGUUGUUCCUAGCCACAGAGCUUCAGGCCUUGCAGAUCAUAAAAAAAAAGAAAAAGAGUGAGGAGCGAGGUGUGACGUCUGCUUUGAGGGGGGGGGGGUGAGCAGAAAAGCAGGUGACGUUGCAUUCCUCUAGCAUAGGAGAUUGCAUACAGGACAAGGAUUUCCCCUGACAAUGUCCUAAAAUAUGUUCCCUACUGGCAGGCCAGUCCAGCCCUGCCCAUGGGCCACUCAGCACUGUGGGCCCCUAGGCUAUAGCCUAGACAUUAAUCCACCCCUGCUCUCUUAUUUCAUAGUGCAUCCUACCCAUUUAGUCUCCAUUAAGUAAACAAAUAAUUCCCUGUAUUCGCAUUGUCUUAAUUUAAGUAGCAGCAACUUCACUAAAAAGCACAAUUGCUGUCCCUGUAUAAUGGCAGCUCAACUGCAAGCUUCUACUGAAUGCCGGGUAACAUAACCACACAGCUGACAUUUAGUUAUUAUAUCUUUUUAAAGAGACGCUAUGCUCAAAGAUCAUGUGUCUGAAAACAAUUUGUAAUGAUUUUAGUAAACAAAAGUAGUUUAAUGCCAUUUCUGCUAUUUCAAGGAGAAGUAUCCUCAAAUGGCUUACUUUUACUUACACUUUUAAAAAACAGUUCAGUUGUGCUUUAUGGCUUUCUUUUAUUACAACAUACCAUUCAGGCCACAUUGGUCAAAGACCCUAUCCCGACCCUAUUUGUUAAACAUGAACUUUGAGUCCAUAAACAAGACUAAAGGACACAGUUUUUAUAGCCAUUUCUUUCACUGAGAAGCAUCAUUGAACGACAUACUUACUGUUAAGUCAUGCUUUAUGGCAGGGAUCCUUACUUUUAUUAUAACACUAUUCAGACCAUAUUGGUCUAGUCUAGAGCCAAAAAUCCCAUUUUUUAACAUCACUGUAGUAUUUUGAGUCCAUAACAGGACGUAGCACCAUAAAAUGCUAUUAAUUAAUUUGAAUUAGUGCUUUGAUGCUGAUCUCUUCUUUUUAUUGUAGUCUGUUUGCUCCGCAGUAAAUGGGCUUCCCCUAGCUUGUUCAUAAUUUCAGAAGCAUAAUACAUGAACAUUGGGGGUUUUAAGAAUCCCUGUACUUGCCAUCUGCUUCUGCCAUUUUUCUAAAGGACAAGGAAAGGGUUUAUCACUAAGGGGACGGGGUUACUGGUUUGCUAGGCAUCCCUCCAUGAUUAGAACUGCUUAUUUCAGACACUGCACAGUAGAAAACCAUGCCGGCCUGGGGUAUAAUUCUACUUUCAAAUGUAAGAGUGGCAUUAGAAUUCUGUGACCUGUACCAUCUUGCUUUUUUAAACAGUACCUGAAAACCGUAUCUGAAAGUGAUUAUCAGUAUUUGUACUUGCAUGGAGGAAUUCAUUUCCUGGUGUUCAGCUGGCUGUUUGCUUUCUGGCAAACAGCAACCCUUUUUUUGCUUUAUGGCAAGGGUGGUAGUUGCUCCAGAAACAAAGCACCAUUAAAUCUUGCAUGUAACAAUAACAAAUUAUCAGAUUCUAAAAAAGAGGGCAGUUAUGUGACGGCAGUAUCCCUUUACGUUCCUUUGUGAUCAUGCAUUUUAGAAAAAUUCUAUUAUUGUCUUUAUCUCAGACUUGGUUUAUAUGAGGAAAUUUUGGUGUGUUAAUGGAGGUUGUAGGUACAGUAUUAUCAGUGGCAAUACUUAUUCACUAACAUGCGUGGUUCCCCAUACAGUUCAUACUCUAACAACUGCGCAUGUAUGGAUUUUGUGUGCUGUAUGUAUUUAUUCUAUUGUGUGGAUUUUCAUCUGUGACAUAUGAUUAGUAUACAAAGGUCUGUAUCAGUAUUGCCUUUUGUCUCUUUAUAGACUGUGUGCGUGAACAUUGUUUUGUAUUGACAACAGUACAAGCAAUGUGCUCGUUCGGUCUAAAGCUGGCCAUAGACGCACAGAUACUAUCGUACGAAUCGAGGAUUCGUACGAUUUUCGGGUCAGGUGUGGAGAGUGCCGACAUCUUUCGUCCGGCGGAGAUCGGUCGAUUGCUCGAUUGGACAGGUUUGAUUUGGACCCGACCGAUCCCCCCGGAGCCCAUUGCGCAUCGUAAUCGGAUCGUUCGGCCAUACGCCCGAACAUUCAGAUUAACCCCGAUAUCGCCAUGCUCGUUAAUGGCAUAUCCGGGAAAGAUCCGCUCGUUUGGCGAUGUCGCCAAACGAGUGGAUCUUUGGAUCUAUGGCCACCUUGACUGAUUUCUACAUUUGCUUGUAUUAACCUUAUUGCAGCAGUGUGACUCAUUUAUAAUGCAGUGCAUACAAAUAUUAUAUGGUGUGCACUAGAGCUGCAAUUUGUGUGCAAGCUCACGACUUGAAAAUGAUUCUAUAAGUCAGUUUACACUUUAGUAUCUGUUUACGUCUUUUUUUUUAUCAUUUUGGGCCAGAUUCAAUUCAGUGAGAAAAAGGUUUAUCACAUGAAAACUCACGGAAGAGAUUCAAUUUAAUCAUAAGAAGUUCUCACUUUUUAUCACAUGAAAACUAUUGGAAAUAUUGGAAAAAACUGGAACUGAAUUUGGAGACCCGUUUUUUCUUCUUGAAUUAAUUCUCGUCCAUGAGUUUUCACCUGAUAAACCGUGAGAUAGCUUUUUUUUUCUCACUGAAUUCAAUGCGGCCCUUUGUGUCAUUAGAAUAAGGCUUUUGUUGUAGUGCCUAUACAUGGGGGGAUGCUCAUGAUGUGCUGGUUAUAUAUUGCUGACACUGGUAUCCUCGCAGUAUUUAGCUGUAGCCCCAUUAUAAACAAACGUUUGAGUCCAGUUGUUCUCCUCAUCCCUAAGUAGUGUUUUCAUCCCACUGGGGCAUGGUAUAAUGCAUAAAUAAGAAACCUAGCAGCACUAAGGGACAGUCAGAAAUGUCUUGAGAAAACCUUGACCCGCACCCGACUCCCCACUCCAUUUACAGACCCGCACCCGACUCCCCACUCCAUUUACAGACCCGCACCCGACUCCCCACUCCAUUUAUAGACCCGCACCCGACUCCCCACUCCAUUUAUAGACCCGCACCCGACUCCCCACUCCAUUUAUAGACCCGCCUGCUGAUAACAUCACAAGAGGGGCAGGCACCAGCCUAUAAAACAGAAAGUCGGAAGACAGCAGUCUAAGGCCGUAGCUUUAACACAAUAAAGCUGAAGUAAAGGCAAUAGGCACAAUAAGGAUAGGCAAUAAUCCCUGGAAUCCCAUUGGAGCAUAUUGCACAGGAAAAUGGGCAACAGACAGUUUAAAAUACCCCCCCCCCCCAGUUAUUAUACAUAAACAACCCUGGUGAUUUAAGGGCAUCGUGAUGACUUAUAAAUUGGUGGAGAGACUGACUGAAUUGGGAUGUAUGAGCAAGUGAUGAGAUUGUAAGUCCCAUGCCCCUUGAAAUGAGUCUCUGACAAAUUCUACAGACUAAACUGGGUGGCUGGCAAUUUUAAUUGAUUGUAAAGACCUUUUAAUGAACUCAAUAAAGGUUACAUUUUAACUAAAAAAAAAAAA